AAUAUUUAAAUUGAAAAUAGGCUUAGCUUUUCUUAAAACUCCACUUUUGCCAUAGAGUAAAAGCUUAGCAGCAAUACAUGUAAAGAUAAAACAUUGAGGUAAAAUAUGCACUUGUUCAGUUUCUCUGCCUGCCUCUUUGAGCAUCUCAGCUGUGGAGCCUUGCCCAGUAUUCAUUGUCCUCGCGUUAUUCAGCCCUUGUGUUCCAUAGUGAGGGCGAUUGAUGAGGAUAAGUGCAUUGUGUUAUGUCUGAUCACGGUUUGACUAGCACAGUCUGGAAGUGGGUUGUACGAGAUGAGAGGGAGCAGCCUAAUUGCUCUCCCCGCAUCAGCAGCAGCAUCUAUAAAGCAUCCUGGGAAUUGCUGGCCCGACGUCCAGAGCAGCUGGUCACAUGAGCCUGGAUUUUCAGUUCAGUUCAUUAGUCAGCCAUUUUGGUCAACACCCUGCUUACUGCGCACAGCCAGCCCUAUCAGAACUCAGCAUCCCAGUUCGUCUGAGCAGACCCUGCAAGCGAUCUCGCAAUUCAGGAUUCUUUUUUUUUUUAAAUCCACAUCGAAAAUACAAAUUUUAGUUUUUUGUUCAGCUUUUCUUUUGUAUUUUUUUUUCCUGCACAGAGGAAGAGGAUUUUUUUCCCCACUUCUUCAUGCUAAGGCCAGUUUUUAGAGCCAGCUAAGGCAGCAUCGGCUGUGCAGGAUUUCAAGGCGAUUGCUCGGCUGCGGAGAAGGGGCAGGGAGGGCAGCUCAGAGGAGAAGCAGCAUCGUCUAAUUUCACGAUGUGGUAGGAGCUGUGUCCAAGAGAGUGCAGAAUUGGCGUGAGCAGUUGGUUCCUAAACCCUGAGGGAUUUUUCCUGGUUUGUUUUAUUGCUUUUUUUUUUUAACCUCCCCUGCCCCUGUUCCUGAAAGCCUUGUUUUGAGAGCUUUGGGUUGGGGGUUUUUGAUAAGGAGGUCUUCUUUAUUUUUGUGGUGUGUGUGUGCGUGAGUGUGUUGUGGUCCCAGCUGAGUCAUCAUGUCUGCCCUGACGCCUCCGACGGACAUGCCAACCCCCACCACUGACAAGAUCACACAGGCUGCCAUGGAGACCAUCUACCUUUGCAAAUUCCGAGUGUCUAUGGAUGGAGAAUGGCUCUGUCUGCGAGAGCUGGAUGACAUCUCACUUACACCUGACCCAGAGCCUACCCAUGAAGAUCCUAAUUAUCUCAUGGCUAACGAACGCAUGAACCUGAUGAACAUGGCCAAGCUGAGCAUCAAGGGCUUGAUUGAAUCAGCUCUGAACCUGGGGAGGACUCUGGACUCUGACUAUGCACCCCUUCAGCAGUUCUUCGUGGUGAUGGAGCACUGUCUGAAACAUGGCUUAAAAGCUAAAAAAACUUUCCUUGGACAAAAUAAGUCCUUCUGGGGCCCUCUGGAACUGGUGGAAAAGCUUGUCCCAGAAGCCGCCGAGAUAACAGCGAGUGUUAAAGAUCUCCCCGGGCUAAAGACUCCAGUAGGCAGAGGAAGAGCCUGGCUUCGUUUGGCACUAAUGCAAAAGAAACUUUCAGAAUAUAUGAAAGCUUUGAUCAAUAAGAAGGAGCUUCUCAGUGAAUUCUAUGAACCCAAUGCCCUCAUGAUGGAAGAGGAAGGAGCCAUAAUUGCGGGUUUGUUGGUGGGUCUGAAUGUCAUUGAUGCCAACUUCUGCAUGAAAGGAGAAGACCUGGACUCGCAGGUUGGCGUUAUAGACUUUUCCAUGUAUCUCAAGGAUGGGAACAGCAGUAAAGGUAGUGAAGGAGAUGGCCAGAUUACUGCAAUUCUAGACCAGAAGAACUAUGUAGAAGAACUCAACAGACAUUUGAACGCUACUGUAAACAACCUUCAGGCAAAAGUAGAUGCAUUAGAAAAAUCCAACACUAAACUGACAGAGGAGCUUGCAGUUGCAAACAACAGGAUUAUUACUUUACAAGAAGAAAUGGAACGAGUCAAAGAGGAAAGCUCCUACAUACUGGAAUCCAAUCGGAAGAGUCCUAAACAAGACAGAACUUCAGAAGGGCAAGCACUAAGUGAAGCCAGAAAGCAUUUAAAGGAGGAGACACAAUUACGACUGGAUGUCGAAAAAGAACUGGAGCUGCAGAUCAGCAUGAGGCAGGAGAUGGAGCUGGCCAUGAAAAUGCUGGAGAAGGAUGUGUGCGAGAAGCAGGACGCCCUGGUGUCCCUGCGUCAGCAACUGGACGACCUCAGGGCCCUCAAGCACGAACUUGCCUUCAAGCUACAGAGUUCAGACUUAGGGGUAAAACAGAAAAGUGAACUAAAUAGCCGCUUAGAAGAGAAGACUAAUCAGAUGGCAGCCACCAUCAAGCAACUCGAGCAAAGAUUGCGCCAGGCUGAGCGAGGCCGCCAGUCGGCAGAGUUGGACAACCGGCUCUUCAAACAGGACUUCGGAGACAAGAUCAACACUCUGCAGCUGCAAGUGGAGGCGCUCACCAGGCAGCGGAACCAGCUCGAGUCAGAACUAAAACAGGAAAGAGAAAGACGGCUACAGAGCAGCAGGAACAUCCUGGGAGGGACUUCCCAGAAACUGGACCCCAAAAUGGAUGGAAAGCACAGAAGCCAAGAGGAAAAUGUUGAACUAAAAAAGCCCGUGGAAGAAAGCCGCAGGCUGCAGCCGCACCCUCCAAGAGAACAGGAUCAGCAGCUGCUCUCCGAAAAGCCUGGGCUGUGUCAGCUGUGCCAGGCGGAUGGCGGCCUCACACAGAACGUGUGCAAGAACUGCAGGGGGACUUUCUGCCAUGCCUGUUCAAGUAAGGAACUGCCUCUCCCCUCGAGUAUCAAGCCUGAGCGAGUUUGCAAUUCCUGUCACAAGCUGCUGCUGAAGCAAUAUUCCACCAGCCCAUCUUAAAACUGGAAGCCAUGUCCUGGACCAAAACAUCCAUGCAGGGCCACUCUGCCUAGGCUAGGUGUCAGGCUCUCCGGCAGCUUAGUCCAUAGGAUCAACCAGAGCUGAUAUCAUGAUGGAAAGAACCCAGAUCCAGGAGAGAAGACAGCAGCCGCUGGAGGUGCUCGAGAUGUCCCCCACAGCUGGAUAAAUAAACGUGACUCAGUUGA